AUGGCGAAAGGCAAAGUGUCCAAACCGUCAACCGCACGCAAAGGCAAAGGCCGGCAGACGCGCGACGCAACAAGCAGGAGAUUGGUAGAACCACGACAAAGAGACUACUCAAACUCCUCCUACGGGUUCAGAGGAUCACAAUGGCACAGACGCCGGGCCUUCUUCCAGGCCAGGCCAGAGCAGGAUACUCCAGCUCGUAUCUUCCAACGAUUCGAAGCCAUCCUGGAUCAGAUCGAGCAAGCUCGCCAAACGGAUCGAGAUGCAUUCGUAGCAAGUCAAGCUGCAGUCACAACAAGACUGGCCCAGCUUGAGCAGGACGCCCAUGCCCGUACAGCACAACAGCUCGACGCCAUCAACGCAAACCAGACUGCAAUCAUGGCAAGACUGAAACCAGAUUGA